AUGCGCACGGCCGAGCCAGGGAUGCAUGUGCCGUCGACGCGGGGGCGCAAGCGGAAGAAUCCGCUCCAGCCCUCGGCCUGGGACCCAGCCAGUGCCGCGAGGUCCAAUAUGCCGCGCGCAUCGGGCAUGCCGGGGCAGCAGACGCCGAUCGUGAAGCGGCCCUACUACAACCUCGUGUUUGGCACCGAGCAGGACGAGGACGUGGCCGACUCGCUCGUCGACACGCUCGACGUAAUCACACCGCGCGACCUCGCUGCGGCGCGGUAUGCACAGAACCACGAGCUACUGGAAAAGGUGUUUGGUCCGCACCGCAUGGAUGCGAUGCAGCCGCCUACGUCGCCGUAUGCACACACCAGCAAGAAGCAGCUCGAAGACCAGCUUGCGCCGAUCGAUGCAGAGAUCGCGGCUAUGCAAGAAGCACACAAGGAACGUCUCGCUGCGCUCCAGGCCGAAUCACGGCCGGACGACGAAGAGGGGGGAGAGGCGUGGGAGCAGGCGCCGAGCCAGGGAAAGAUCCUCGGUAUCGGCCACAUCCGCACACCGCCUUCGCCCGAGAUCGCCGCGCAGCUUGCCGCACGCCGUGAGGCGGCGCCGCCCGCCGAGCCCGACGCGACGACCACGGCGUCCAUUGCGCAGAUAAACGAGGCACACGGCGUCGAGGCGCCGGCCGAGCCGGCACCUCCUGCAGCUCCGCAAGAGGCCACCGAGGGCGAGUCGUAG